UUCUUAUUUAUUUAUUUAUUUAUUUUAAAUGAAGCAAGUACACCAGGUAGAAACCAAAGGAACUGUUUUCAAGAUGGAUUUGGUGAGAGCAGAGGCCAAAGUAAAGCUGGCUGAGGGCCCAGGUUACACUUGUAGUAACAUGGGGAAUAUUUAGCCUGUUAGUUCACAAAGCACAAUAUAGCACCUUGAACCCCAUGAGAUAGGAAAGAAAUGAAGUGUCACUUGAAACGGUGCCAUUUUGCAGGUGGGAGCACUCAUGGAUUGUGCCUUACUCACAUUCUGGUAACAGUUAUCAGCAGCCAAGGUGGAGGGGAAGUGCCUGUUAAAAAUGGCUUCUGACGUAAGAAAGGCCCUAGCAGGAAGGCCAGGUGGAAGAACAAGAGCAGACAUGUCUCUGAGUGCGUGAAACAUGCGGAAGGAUUCCACUAGUUAACUGGAGGAAGUUUUGAUUGAGGUGAGGGUGUGGGGAGACACUAUUCCUGCAAGCCGGAGCUAUGAAUCAAUGACCUCAUUUGGUAGAUGAGGCCUAGGGAAAUUCAACUAGCAAAAAUAGAAAUACCUGUAGUAGCUAACACAUAAAUAAAAAUAAGAUGCAACCAAAUGUAAGUGAUGAUAUAAGAGCCCUUUUUAUUUUGAUUGGUGGAGAGGGCUUGAAAGGAGGAAGAAACAGAGUCUCAAACUCAGAGAAUGGCUGGCCUGAAGGUAGAAGGGGGGAAGGAAGUGGAACUGGAGAAGCAGGAGAGGUUAUUUUUAUAUUUAUCUUUAUCUGUGCAAAAACUCAGAAGCUCCAUUCAAUGGUAUUUCAUGUAUUGUUGACAGUUUAGUAGAAGUUAUAACAUAGUCUCAUUGCAUUCAGGCUCAUGCUAAUAUAGUGCAUCUAUUGCCACAGACCAUCGGCUUCCAUGAUGAUUUCCCAGGGUGCUGGUGCUGUGGUGAAGCCAGUGAAGCUGUCCCCUACAACAACAGCAUCACAUGUUGGAGUGCUGGUUGGAGUACUGACUGCACUGUUUCCAAUCCACUCAUUGCUAAUGCUCCUGGGAAAGUAGUGGAAGAUGGUCCAAGUGCUUGGGCUCCUGCUACCCAUGUGGGAGGCCUGGAUGGAGUUCUAGGCUCUUGGCUUCAGCUUGGUCCAGCUCCAGCUAUGGCAGCCAUUUGGGGAAAAAACCAACAGGGGGGAAGAUCUCUCUUUGUCUAUUACUCUGCCUUUCAAAGAAAUAAAAUCUUCUUCAAAAAGAUACCCUGGGACCUGCUCCCCUCCCACAGAUAUUCAGGGUAAGACUGGCUGGCUGAAAACCCAUUUACUAAUAUUAAAUAUGAUAUAUUAAUGAGGACACUGCAUUCCUUGGAGGGACAUGGAGAACAUGUGCUGAUAUUCUAUCCUGAUCAUGGUCCUGGUUGUAGCAUUUGGUUAAAAAUAAGAAAUUUAAAAACAAAACAAGAGGUAAAGAUAUAGAAAAAAUGGUUCAACUAUCAUUAUAUUCUUUCAGUCAGUCCUUGGGAACAGAUUCCACAGCUUUUUGUCUAUUAAUCCUUCCAGAAGAUUACAGAAUAUGAAAUUUUGUAGCCUUAUACCACUUUUGAACUUACUUGCUUGACAUAUUCACUAACUCUUUGUCUUAAAGGAAAAUCAAGCCAAAAAUGACAAACAUUGUAUAUGUAAAAUAUGUUUAAAAGAUAAUAAAGGAGAAAAAGUUGAAUAAAUAAUGUAUGUUAAGCACUUAGUGCAAUGUCUGAGAUGCAGGGGCUCACUGAGGGGGAGCUCCAAUUGGAUUCCACUUCCUGCUUUCUUCUCUGAACCACUGCUAUUUAUCACUGAUUCUGCAUCUCUGGGCAGGCAGUACACAACUCUGUAGUCUAGAGUUCAUAGCAAAUCAUACACAGAGACAAGAUGGUACUUUUUCAUUGCUACUGUAACAAAUUACCAAAACUUCAGUGGCUUAAAACAAUAUAAAUUUCUGAACUUUUUGCUUCCAGAGGUCAGAAGACUGAAAUGCACAUUAGUGCUAAAUUCAGCAUGGUGGCAGCGUGGCAUUCUAUCUGACAGCUCUGGGUGAAAUCUGUUUCCUUGUCUUUUCAAGUUUCCAGAAGCUGUCUGGAUUUCUUAGCUCCUGGCUCCUUCACCCCCUUCAUAACCAGCAACAAAGAAUCUUCUCUCUCUAUCUCUUCUCUUUCCCCCUUAUAAGACCAUUGUGAUUACAUGGUGCCCAUCACCUGGAUGAUUCAGAAUGAUCUUUCUAUGUCAGGACAUUUAAUUUAAUCACAUCUCCAAAGUCUCUCUUGCCAUGUAAGAUUACUUAUUCCCAGGUUCUGAGGUUUAUAUGUGGACAUCUUUGGGGACCAUUAUUUAGUCUACCAUAGAUGGGGAGCACAGAACAGCUUCUCAAGGACUCAUUGAAUGAUGGUGGAUAGAGGUGGAGGUGGAUAGGGUAUCAAUAGGAAAUAGGUAAAGUGGGGAAAAGAGAUGAAUUUCAGGCCUGGUGUGAUUGGAUACACAUAUUUGCGGGGGGGGGGAGAUUCAAGGAAAAUAGUUGCAUAUUGAACAGAGAAAUAUGAAGAGAUUUUGCUUUCUGAAAUGUGGGCACAACUGUGUGUGUGUGUGUGUGUGUGUGUGUAAAGAGAAAUAGCAAGGAGAGUUAGUGGUGGUUGAAAUAAUGUGAUAAACUAAUACUUUUGUUACUAAUGAAAGAGUAUCAUUUUUUAGAUAGCAUUCAAUUAACUAGCUGAAGUAGCAGAAAGGUGUUCUAAUUGGUCAUCUAUUAACUCUAUUGAAUUUUGUAGGCAAAUAGCAUGUUAUGCAUUAUUUUGAGGAAAAUGCUAAUAUUAACAAAAGAUACAUGAGAAGAAGUGAUUCUGAAGAACUAAAAAUAUGUGUUUUGGCAGAAUUGUGUAGGCUAUUCACCUUUAAUUCCCCUGUGGCACAGUAGCAGCAAGGUGAGUCAGAUUGAUUUUGAAGUGAAUUUUAUUUUUAUAAGGGCUAUUAAGUCUACAAAGGUUUGCUUAGUCAUCAUUUUGUGGCAUGCCCAUUCACUUAAAAUGUAAGGAAAAUGUGAAGGGAACAUUUUCUUUUCUCAGCACUUUUGCUUCACAUAGCCCUUUGUUAAUUUUAUUAUUAAUGAGAGAAACUCCAGUUUUUCAAUAGUUAAUUUUAAAACAAACCUUUUUCCAUAUCUUUUCAACCCUUGAAGUGCCAUGCACAGAGCACAACAUAAUAAAUAUAUCUGCUCAUGCAAGUGAUGAAUGUUGUUAAGUGUUCCAUUUGAUAAUCAGUUAAGAAGUGCAGGUUUACAUGCAUUCAAGGCACAUCUGUGAAAAUGUUUCUCCUUUAAGUACAAACUUAUCUACUCAGUCUUUUUGCUAAAAGGCCAGUACUGUCAGAGUGACUUGACCACACUCUGAAUUCUUUGUACCACCAGAUGAACCAAUGAUUGUUUUUCUCUUGCCUCCUACAUGUUGGUUCUUGGUGCCACCAAUAUUGAAUAGGUCAGAGUUCAGGCCCACCUACCAGGAGUUAUCUCUGUCACUUGCCCUCUCACUAGGUUCCCAUUCAUGUCGAUUUCAUUUCUGCAACCCUUCUGGCAUGCCUUUCAAUCUUCUCAUUCGAUUGUCAUCACUUCUCACCUGCUGGCAUAAAAUUGCUUGUCUCCUUGCCUGAGUCUUUUUUUCCAUCAGCUCCAGUUCAAAGUCUUACUGAAGUAUAAUAUCCCUGAAGCCAGUUCCGGUGAGCUCAUUCAUGGUCCAUGGACUUUCAACAACUUCCCAUGGUUUUGCAAUGAAAGGGGAACACCACCACCUCAAAUCUACUUUUCUAGGCCAUCUUGGAAGUAUGUCGGUGUCUGACUUAACAGAGCUACCAGCAAAUGAAGUACCAGAGCUUCUAGCCAAAGAAUAUUCCUGGAGGCGAAAUAAACAGAGGGUUUUCCAAGCAGCCUGCAAACACGGGGAAACAAACGUGUGCCUUCCAGCCUCUGUAACCGGAGAGCUGCAUCGGAAUCAACUGGCAGAAGCGUCCAAAGAGCGCGGCCAGCUCUCCAGCCUGAGAAGGAAGCAGCUUCCAGGGGAGGCUGCAGGAACCGCCGGGAUGCACUGCUCCAAUGCCCCAUGCCGCCCCCCUCAGCACUCCCGCAAUGCACCAGCAGGGAGCGAGGACCAGGCGAAAACCGCCCGCAUUUCUGCACGUCGGCCGGUUAGAAAACACUGGAGUUUUCGGAGUCGCGACUGGGAGACCGGAGGGCCCGGAGCCAGGUUUCCAGGGAGAGGGCGGGCAAGGGGUGCGGGCCCCUGGGGCCACCUCCAUCCCGCUCACCCCGACAGCUGUCCCGCUCUUGGAAUUCGUUGGCUUCCCCAUACCACCACAGUCCAAUUUAGCCCCCUGCCCCACCCUCGCUGA